AUGGCAGUAUAUCGACAGCAGGUAGAGGAAAAUUAUCAUGACUUGGUCAAUUUGUUGACUCAACAGCUGACCACAAUUCUGAAUCCAAUGAUGGUUGAUCAAGAAUCGAAAUUCAAAAGUCUUGCUAGACAAGUCGAACGGAUUGCUCGAAUCGUAGAUUAUGAGGAAGGUGAAAGGCAUAAUGCCAGGGGAAAUAACGAAGGAUUCAAAAAUAUAUUUCAAAAUAAAAAUGAUGUUGUUAAUAGAGAAAAUCCUCAUGUAGUCCCCCGAGGUCAUAAUGCUGAUGACUUUCUAGCCAGAUUACGUGCUAAUCAUGGCGGUGAACGUUAUCAAGUCACCAGAAUUGUGGAAGAAGUUCUUAAUCGAGUUGGUCUGAAUGUUGGUUUUAUGAAUCAACCCCACUUUGUGUCUGCCUUCCCCCAAGUUGUUCAAAUGACUAAAGUGCCAAGAGGGGUAAAAAAUCCAAUGAUAAUCACAAAGUUUGCUGGGAAAGUUGGAGAAUCAACUACUGAACAUGUCGCUCGAUAUUAUGUCGAGAUUGGGAAUUUAGCUAAUGAUGAAAAUUUGAAAAUGAAGUUUUUUCCUUCUUCGUUAAUGAAGAAUGCAUUUACUUAG